CCCCAUGCGCUGCUGCACACACUGCCAACUUCAUUUUCCCUUUCUGGCGAUAGAAGAUAAAAUCUAGGAAAGGAACGACGACAAGCUUGAAAUAGGGUGAGCAAUGGCUACCGCCCAGCUGUGUAUAUCACUGGUACUUUUGCUGCUCUGCUUCAAUGGCUCUGCUCUCGCUGCCAAAUACUUGGAUCGUCUGCUGAACAAUGGAAACUUCGAGCAGAGCCCAAAGCCUGGCGGCUUGAAGAAAACGGUUCUCCAAGGCAACAAGGCGCUCCCCGGGUGGGAAACCAAUGGGCUGGUGGAGUACAUCUCUGGAGGGCCACAGCCGGGAGGGAUGUACUUCGCAGUGGCUCAUGGUGUUCAUGCCGUCAGGCUUGGGAACGAGGCCUCCAUCUCCCAGACCAUAGCAGUGAAGCCUGGCUCUCUUUAUGCGCUCACAUUUGGUGCCUCCAGAACCUGUGCUCAGAACGAGGUGCUGAGGGUUUCAGUACCCCCACAGACUGGAGAUCUGCCCCUCCAGACCUUGUACAGCAGCAAUGGCGGAGACACUUACGCUUGGGGGUUUAGGGCCAAGGGCCGUGUUGUCAAGGUGACUUUCCAUAACCCUGGUGUUCAAGAAGACCCUGCUUGUGGCCCUCUCAUCGAUGCUGUCGCCAUUAAGGAGCUCUUCCCUCCAUUCCCCACCAAAGAUAACUUGGUGAAGAACCCUGGAUUCGAGGAAGGACCUCACAGGCUGCUCAACACGUCAAGCGGAGUUCUCCUCCCUCCUAAGCAAGAGGACGCCACAUCCCCUCUCCCCGGCUGGAUAAUCGAGUCGCUGAAAGCCGUCAAGUUCAUCGAUGCGAAGCACUUCAAUGUCCCUUCUGGGCUCGCGGCAGUUGAGCUGGUGGCGGGCAGGGAGAGUGCGAUUGCACAGAUCAUUAGGACCAUCCCGAAAGCAACAUACAGCCUGACGUUCUCCGUUGGAGAUGCCAAGAACGGGUGCCAUGGGUCCAUGAUGGUUGAGGCAUUUGCUGCCAAGGACACGUUCAAAGCUCCCUUUGUCUCGGAAGGGAAGGGGAAGUUCAAGACAGUGAGCUUCAAGUUCACAGCCAUGGAAGCUAGGACGAGAAUCACUUUCUACAGCUCGUACUAUCAUACUAGGAUUGAUGAUUUCGGGUCGCUCUGUGGACCUGUUAUCGAUCAGGUCAGAGUUAUUCCAAUUAAGGCUUGAUUAAGCGCCCAUGUUUGUAGUAAGUUUGUGCCUGCUAGAUCGUAUUAUUGCAUUUGCAGGCAGGCGCACCUCAGGGAUAGUGGUGUUAAAUUAAAGAGUAUCUAUCUAUAAUCUUAUUAAAAAAAAAUGGUUGUGAAAUUUCUCGGCAGCAACUGAUCAGUUGUGUUGUGCUACUCUUUUUCUUGAUUUUAAAGGAUUGUCUCCUAAAGCUCUGUUUACACUUUGCAUCGUGGGGUAUCUAUCGUAUCGGCAAAGCCUAAUUAUUCGCGGUCUGAUUAAAAUUUCCAUGCUUGAUUGGCGCUCCACAGUGUAUUUAGAUCAUGUUCCGGUCCAGCUGUGUUCCCCUGUCCUUAACUUUGUCAUGUGAGUAGAUUUGGUUAGUAACUCAGAUAAUUAGUGUGUUACUUUACAACCUACAUAAUUAUUUUCUCAUUCAAAUUUAUAUAUUUGUUUUGUUUUAAUUGAUUUAAAAUAUCUUUGAAAAAAAUAAUAUAUGCUAAUAUAUUUUAAAAUAAACAUAGUAAUUGAGUCGUUACCGUUGGGAAAUAGAGUUAUACAUUAUUUUAUCAAACACGUACAUAUACUAUUUUUUACAUCAUACAUUUUCCUUUAUUUUGGAAAAUGAUAAAUUGCAAAGUUGGUCACUAAGUUUACUAAACUUUCUGUGUUUGGUCACCAAUUUUUUUUUAUAUCAUUUAUGGUCACUAACUUUAUACUCUCGUUUCAGAAAUGGUCACUUACCGUCCAUUAGUGAUGGCAAAAAUAUUCGUAGCCGUGGUUAUCUGCCUGAAUCCAACCUAAUCGGGUAGGGUAAAAUUCGAACACAAAGACUUUUGGUGGGACGGGUAAAACUCUAACCCGAAGAUUGCGGGUAAUGGGGGCAUGGUUUUCUCACUAUCCAAUCCGAACCCGCCCGAUUAAAAACAUGCAUAAGUAUUUUGUCUAGAAAUAAUCAUUAUUUAUAUCUAACAUAAUUUAUAUUUAGCAUAUAAAUAUAAUAUUUUUAUGAAAUUAUGUUGUUUUAAUUAAUUUUCUUCAUUCUAGCGAAGUAUUGUCGUACUUUUCCUCUUACAUAAUGUGAGUAUAUGUGUGAAUGUUAACAUUUUAGUUGGAGUUAUAAAGAGAAAUUAUUAUCCAUGCAUAAUCGUGGAUACCCGAAACCCAAACGGAUAUGAGCAUGGUUUUUAUUUUCUACCUGUUUCUCGUAUGUGUAUGGGCAAUGGCAGAUACAUGCAUAUUUAGGGAUGUCCCGGGACACCACUAAAAUUUGGAAAUACGAUUAUUCAAUCUCCGAUAGUAGUUUGCAUAUAAACAAAAAAAAAAAAGUUCAAGUGGUAGUGGGACACCCUUAAAAUUUGAGAAAAAAGAUUAUCCAACCUCCCGUAGUAGUUUUGGUACAAAAAAUAUUUUAAGUAUUAGUCUAUGUGAUUUAAACUUGGGACACUACAUUUAUUAGUAAACCUAUUUUCAAUUACACUACAACUCAAAAGUUACUUUAUAUUACUUGAUAAUUGUGACAUUGAAGGAGAAUGGGUAUCCUAAGUUACUAAUUUCUAUAUAUAUUUCAUAUUAAAAACUUGCAAUACUUAUUGGGGUUAAUUGCAUGGUUGAUCACUGAAAUUACGAAAAACGUUCAUGUUUGGUCCUUGAAAAUAUUUAUAUCCACGUGUGAUGUUACUAAUUUCUAAAAAGUAUUUCUUCAUACCAGUAUUAUUAACUUGUUUAUCUAUUAAAUCCAAACAGAACUAAUACAAUUAUACAUUAAAA